AGCUCAGUGGAGCGGAGCCGAGGAGAGUAGACAGAAGCCGAGUGGAGCAGGACACCACGAGGGAGCCAUGGAGAAUGAGUUCAAGUAUGAGGAUUAUAAGAAAACAGCUGAGUGGCUUUUAGCCCAUACUGAACAUCGGCCCCAAAUAGCUGUGAUCUGUGGUUCUGGAUUGGGGGGUUUGGCAAAUAGAGUGACCCAACUGCAGGCCUUUGACUACAGUGAGAUACCCAACUUUCCUCAGAGCACAGUACCAGGUCACGCAGGGCGAUUGGUAUUUGGAUACUUAAAUGACAAAUGCUGUGUGAUGAUGCAGGGCCGAUUCCACAUGUAUGAAGGCUAUCCGCUUUCGAAGGUGGCAUUCCCUGUGAGAGUUUUCCAACUUAUGAAUGUGCACACAUUAAUUGUCACCAAUGCUGCUGGUGGACUGAACCCUGAGUAUGAAGUUGGGGAUGUUAUGCUGAUCCGAGACCAUAUCAACUUGGCAGGUCUCAGUGGCCAAAAUCCACUCAGAGGACCCAAUGAUAAAAGAUUUGGAGAAAGGUUUCCUCCCAUGUCUGACGCUUAUGACCGAAUUUUGAGACAGAAAGCCCAUGGCAUCUGGAAACAAAUGGAUCAAGAACGACCACUACAUGAAGGAACUUAUGUUAUGGUGGGAGGCCCCAGCUUUGAAACCAUCGCAGAGUGUCGGUUUCUGCAGAAAAUAGGGGCUGAUGCUGUGGGCAUGAGCACGGUACCAGAAGUGAUAGUGGCUAGGCAUUGUGGCCUUCGGGUCUUUGGAUUCUCCCUUAUUACAAACAAAUCAAUAUUGGACUAUGAAACCCACGAGACUGCCAAUCAUGAAGAGGUACUGAUGGCUGGGCAGCAGGCUGCCAAGAAGUUGGAACAAUUUGUCUGUAUUCUUGUGGAAAACAUGCAGCCACCAUCAUUGGAAAAGACUUUUUGACCUCUCCUUCCCUGCUGCCUCUAUUUCAUUCCAGAUUGUGGCCAGGUUUAAUCCUUGCUGAGCCACUUAGCUCCCUUCCUUAAGGUGUUGGUAGAAGAAAUGUGGGUAUUAUAUCAACUUAACCUAUUAGACCCCCUUCCUAAUGUUAUCUAAUUCUCUUUUUUAUUCCUUUGGUCCCUUCCCUCUAAAGCUGGAUCAUUCCAUUGUAGCUCCUAACCCACAGCCAACAUUCUUCAUUCCACCUCUAGUGGAUGUGAGGAUUAAGUCCACAUUGCACUAAAGCUGCUGCUAAUAUUUUGAAAGGACUACUACUCUUAUAUUCCCUGGGGCAUAUUCUCUGCCAUCCUAUGACUUCUGAGACUUUGGUCCCAGACCAGUGUGUUUUACAAAUAGUACUAUGCAGGAAUAAAAAGAUAGCCAGACAGAAAUGUUUUUGCUUUUCUGUGCAGGGUGGGGAUAAAUAUAGUUUAAGCUCUAAGAAUAUUGUAUAAAAAUAUGUAUUGAAGUAUGACGAUGACAAGGAUAGCCUACUUUCUCAGUUAAUAGUGUAUUUCAGAAGUUGUAUAUUAGUAAAUUGUGCUCAGGGCAUUAACAGGUAAGACAAGGAGCUGUGUUUUCUUUUAUGUAGGGCUGAUUUAUAACAAGUAGACACAUUAAGUGCCACUGUUAGGCUUUUUCAGAGAUAAAAUAAAUAAAAGGUAGUUCUACUGUCCAAAGGCAUUUGGUUGGUAGGGGGAUAUGAGAUACAUAUACAAUACAGUAGAAUAUAGUGCAACAUUUAAGAGCCAGGAAAAAAAAGUUGGGAGGUUACUCAGGCAAUUGAUCAACAGAAAAAAGGAGUUCAAAGUCCCACAGGCAACUACCAAUCCAGGUGUAGAAACCAAGAACACAUACUGAGAAGAGGAAUCAGGAAUUAUCUUCUUUCUUAGGAUUCCUUAAGGGGGAGGAUAGUGUGGAUAAGGCUAAUGGGUCUUAAAUGCCUUGUUAAGGAAUGUGGGUUAAACAUUUUCAGUGAGGGAGACAGAUGGGCAAAGUAAUAGGAAAUAGUGCGUUGGGAGGAUGACUAGCAGCACCCCCAAAUUAGAACAGAGCAUCAGUUUCAAAACUUGGACAAUAGUCCAACUGGUGGCCUAAACUAUGCUGGUGUCAGUAUUAAUGGAAAAGAGUAAUACAGUCAAGAGAUGGCAAAGGUAGAAUCCAUAAGACUUGGCAACUAAUUUGGGAGUUUGGGAGAAAGUUAAAAAAAUGAUUCCAAAGAUUCUGGCCUUCAGAAAGUUGGAAAAUAAUGGUGCUAUUAAAUAGAAAUUAGGAAGAAUGGUGAAUUUUAUGGGGAAAAGGAAUGAAUUGUUUUGAACUUGUCUAGUUGUGGUUGUAUAGCAAGCAGAUAAGAGAUAUAUGCAGGAAUGAUCAGAACUGGAGAUAGAUUUGUGAUAUGUUUGUAUAGGUCAACAGUUCUGGGAAUAGAUAAGGCUAAGAAUGAAAGGUUCAUGUGGUGGAGGUAAGGCAAGGAUAGAACCAAGUUAAUAGUUAAUGGGGUGGGAAAUGGUCUUAGAAAAGUCCCAUUCGGUUUGGCAAUUAGGAAGUCUGGUAACUUUAGAGAAUAGUUUCAUAAGAGUGUGAGUAGUAGCCAUCAGAUUACAGAGGUUUGGGUAAACAAGUGGUCAGGAAGCAGCUAAACAAUGUUCUUGGCCUUCUGAAUUUUAACCAAUGAACUAGGGUUUUCCUAUAUGUAUAGCAUUGUGACUACUAGGAUGAAACAAAGGAAGGUAUUGUGCUUCCCGGAUAGCCUUCUCCCCCCCAGGACAAGUAGCCCUUCAUGCUACCUUAUGGUAGGUCAGAACCUCUACUCUGGUGCCUCUGGUUCCUAGCCAGUGCCCUAUGUUCUCUGACCCCUUUCUCUAGAAAAACAUACUUUUUUCAGGUAGCUAUUAAUAGGAGGAAAUGGUUUUAUUUCUAAAGGAAAAUUUCACAAAGUAAAUGGUAGGUCUAUAUAGGAGUUAAUAUUCUGGGUUGGACUCCAAAACCAUGUCUAUCAGGAUGUCUGACUUUCUUACUUAGCUAUGCCCAGCACAUAGGUAGCCGGUGCCAUGUUGUCACAAUUCAUAUAAUCUGCCAUUAGCAUCUGCUUUUACUUUUGACAGAAUUAAGCAAUUCUGGACCGAGACUACCUUCUGCAUUUCUCUUUUUAAGAUAAGCACCCAACUGUAACUUUAUUUUAAUUGGAGAAAAGGCUCAAAUUUAGGAUCCCUAUUAGGGUGGAUAAAAUUAAACCAAGAGCUGGAUUUGGACCAGGAACUUAUUAGCCUGUUCUGUAUCUUUUAGUACUAUGGUUCAGCUCAUUGGUAGCACUAAAAAGUUGGAACCACACAACCUGAGAAUUAAGGAUCCAAGAGUGUCUGGUGGCUUAUCAGGACUAAACAUAGCGUUAUUAUUAGUAAAUAUAAUUUGCAGUAUUUGAUGGGAAGACAGGUCAAAUAGAGGUUCGCAGAUGUCCUAUUUACAAAGCUCAGCUAGGACUUGUACUCUGCUUGGUAGUAUGUUGAACACUGGAGUAAAAUGACUACUCAAUUUCACUUUGAUUUAGAAGUUGAAUUAUUUUGUGGUGUCCCAGCAAUAUCAGAAGCCAACAUGUGAAGGUAGGGAGAGUAAAAAUUAACCUUGGGAGAGGUUUAUAGUUAAAUUCCAUGCCUUUUGUCUCGCUAUUCCCUAUGCUUUAAAUGUCCUAAGAAACAAUUCCUCUCUGCCCUUCAUCCUGUUUAACCCCUUUAAAAAAUGCUUUUUUAAAAAAGGUUUACCUCUUUUUAAAAAAAAUGCCACCUUCAAGAAACCUAAUUUAAAAUUCCAAUAAGAAAUGAACUUGAAUAGCUCUUUGUACUUGAUCUAUAGUUCUGUUUAUGUUUUGUGUGUAUUUCAUAUCCUAAAUGAUUGUACACUAUGAGAAUAAUUGCCUUAAUUACAUUUUAUAUAUCACCUAGUUUAAUAAAUGGUCACUAAAUAACUGGAAAAUCGUAACUCAAAUUUCUGCUUUACAAAGUACUUUUCUCACACCAAUCAAUCAAUAAAUUCUGUAUGCAUUUUUUCAUGC